CGCAUGCGCGGCGGGCCUGCCGCGAGCAGAGCCGCAGCCUCCACCGUUGCCGCCGCCGGGCGGGCGGCGCCUGAGGGGCGGGGGCGGCGCGCCAUGCCCGGGGGGGCGGCGGCUGCGGAGCCGGCGCGGAGCCGCGGUCGCUAAGGCCAGGCGGGAGCAUGGCCGAGUCGCUGCGGGAGGAGCCGCCGGGCGGGCCGGAGUCGGAGGCCGAGCUGUCGCAGCGUCUGGCCCGCACCAAGGCCCGCUCGUACGGCAGCACGGCGAGCGUGGCGGCGCCGCUGGCCGAGCGCUACGUAGAGCACCGGCUCAGCGCCGGGGACACGCUGCAGGGCAUCGCCCUCAAGUACGGCGUCACGAUGGAACAAAUAAAGAGGGCAAAUAAACUGUUCACUAAUGACUGUAUAUUUCUGAGGAAAACCCUGAAUAUUCCUGUUAUAUCAGAGAAACCGUUACUGUUCAAUGGACUUAAUUCACUGGAGUCUCCUGAGAAUGAAACUGUUGACAGCUCCCCUUCUUGUGAUGAAGGACUAGUGACAGUUCAGGAAGAAAGUAGUUCUUCUCCCAGUCCUCAAGAGCCUGACAAUCAGCCCACUGCACCAGAAGAACUAUCUGCCAAAGAUUUCCUACAGAGGUUGGACUUGCAGAUUAAGUUAUCCAAACAAGCAGCCAGAAAACUAAAAGAUGACAAUGUCAGAGAGGAGGACAAUGAGGAAGGUCCCUAUGCAACUUCUUCAUAUCACCAGUAGAAGACAGAUGUGAUGGCCUGAAAACUUUCCAUGAAAUCAGUUCUUAAAGAACUAAAUGGUCGAUAACUCAAAACCCAAGUCUUUUGGACUCAUUGUCUUUAUGUACUUAAAAGAAGUCAUGAAUGGAUAAUUGCACUGAAAUUAUGACCUCUUCUGCCUUCCAUAGGUUAAUGUCCUUAUGCUAUAUCAAUAACAGGUUUAAGCCUUCCAAAACUAGCAAUGGCCUUUAUACCCCUUCUGUGCAAACUGUAGCAUGGUAGCAACAAUAUAUCCUUGAGGUCACCUUUAUGCAGGAUGAUGAUCUUUAGUAAAGAUUUUGUAAAUACUUGUUAAAGUGAAAUUUGUUUUAAGUAUUUAAAAUAUUAAUUCAGUUUGCUUGUAAAUGACAAAGUAUGAAAAUAAUAGACAUUUACUUAUUCUGCAAACACAGGCAAGUUUGCUGUGGAGGUUUUGUCUAUUUCAGGGCUGUAGAACUUGCUUCUGAACUCUGUGUGUGUCUGUGUGUGGUUAUGAUGUAUUCCUAGAAAGGGGAAUUCAACUUGUUUUGAUUAGUUAAAGCCUUUAUGGUUAAACAACUGUUUGCAGCUUGAAUUCCUGCUAAUAAAAGGGAAGAGUUACAGCAAGAGAUUUUUCUUUGUGAGAUACGACAUUGGAAUAUCAGAUGUGUGUUCUUGUGUGCAGUUAUAUUUUGUGUGGUUUUAAUUUAAUAAAUACAAAAAUACCAAUGUGUCUGUUCAUAAUGAA